UUGAUGUUGAAAAUUCUUGGAAGAAAUUUGCUGGUGGGUUCAACUCAGCAAAUGAGUACGGUUGAAGAUAGCUUCAGAGGACAUCUGGCACAGUUUCUGAUAUCCGCAUUUUAUCUUCGAAAUGAUUCCUUAGAAAUGGGUUAGCAGUUAUAUUUAAGGCCAUAUCUUCUCUCUCUGUCUCCAUUGUUUUAUACCCAAAAAGAUGACUACAUUAGCCAGCACUUCUGAAAUUGUUGAAUCAACCGAAGAAUUUGAUUCUGGGAAAGCUGGGACGAGCUACACGCUAGAUACAGGAAAAAGGUUUUCCAUAGAGGAUGACAUUAAUCGUCUAUUUCAGGCAAUUGAUAUCAGGACGUUACGUAAGAGGUCAGGCCAGCAACGUGAAGUUGAUAAAGAUGCCUUGCGAAAGAGUGCGAUGAAAARACCAGUCAGAGUAGGUCCAUCUCACAUGUCAGGGAUUGGAAUUUCUGAACCUGCCAGUUUAAAGCAGGCUUUGAGAGGCUUAUGCAUAUCUCAGGCAGCAGAAAUGGCUGCUACAAAGAGGUUAACGAGGUCUGCAGGUUCACCCAGAAUCUCUGAAGCAGGAACUAUCAAAAGAUUGUACAGGGCUGUGGUGAUUGAGGCCAAUGGAUCUGGUGCGUCUGUAAAUGAAAACAAAGCAAAUUUGGUAGAAAUAUCCAUUGUUUCAGAAAGAAUUAUGUCAACUUUUCAAAAUAAGAUACCUGAAUUGUUGCAUAAAACUGAGGCAAAUAUAUCAAACCAAGGAGCUGAGUCUUCAUCUCUUACGGACACUGGGGUGUCAGAGGAGGCAAAUGUGGAUAGAUCGAUGUCAAAUGAUCUUGUAGUUGGUACAGCUUCGGAAGUGAAAAGUAUAAAGCCACCUGAAGAGGUGGGAAAACUUGAAUCUCCUUCCUUUACUCCUUCUAGUGAGAAGAAUCUGGCUGUGAAUGGCAUGGCUAGUUCCUCAACUGAAGAUUUGACGAAAAACUCAAUGCCAGAGGAGGAGAGAGGUACAAUGCGAUGUUUAUCUUCUCUAACAAGCUCUGGAUCUGUUGUUAGGCCAAACAAAUCAGCUUUCAAUAAUACACGUUUCAUCAAACCUAUUUUCAGGACUAAGAAUUUUGUCAAGAAGAAAGCAAAACUUGAACCAAAUUCCCCCUCUAGCAUGUGUGAUAUGUGUGCAGGAACGGUUGACACUGAUUUGGGUUCCAUAGCAGAAAAUGCUGAGAACCAGAUGUCAGACAAUGCACAGCAUCAUAAGAGUAAAGAAGAAGAGAAAGGUUCUUCCGUCUCUAGUUGCACAACUUUAGGUACUGAAGCAAGUGCAUGUGUAGUAAACACAGAUUUGUCUAGACGUGGUACAUCUCUCAAUUGCUGUAACAGGAACAGGCCAACUAUAAUGGCAUCUGAUGAGCGAUCCAGAUCAAGAGAGAAAGGGAUGUUCUCUCAGAGCUCAAAAAGUAGUAUUGGUGAAUGUAGCAGUAGCCCAAGCAUCAGUGGGGAAAGCAUUCUCAGUGGAUCAAGUCGUAGUGGAGUUAGGCCUCACAUGUCAAAGGACUUGAAAUGGGAAGCCAUCCACCAUCUUCAGGAUGAACAUAAAUGCCUUGGUCUGAGAAACUUCAAGCUGCUAAGGAGGCUUGGUCUUGGGGACAUUGGAACUGUGUAUCUCUCUGAGCUAUGCGAGACAAAUUGUCUGUUUGCAAUUAAAGUCAUGGACAAGGAGUUCUUGGCAAGCAGGAAAAAAGUACUUCGGGCACAAACUGAGAGAGAGAUACUGCAAAUGCUCGACCAUCCAUUUCUUCCUACAUUAUACUCUCAUUUUGAGACAGAUAAGCUCUCAUGCUUGGUCAUAGACUACUGUCCAGGUGGAGAUCUCCAUGUGCUGCGACAGAAGCAAACAUGCAAGAGUUUCUCUGAGCAUGCAGUCAGGUUUUAUGUUGCCGAAGUUCUUCUUGCCCUGGAGUACUUACACAUGCUAGGAGUUGUUUACCGAGACCUGAAACCCGAAAACGUUCUGGUCCGAGAAGAUGGGCACAUCAUGCUUACAGACUUUGAUUUGUCCCUUAGAUGUGCUGUUAACCCGAUGCUGCUUCAAUCAUCAUCUCCAGUUGUGGAAUCCACCAAAAGGACGCUGAAUCCCUGUGAUGAAUCUAGUUGCAUUGACCCUUUCUGUCUCCACCCAUCUUGGCAAGUCUCAUGCUUCACUCCCAAAGUUCUAUCUGCUCCUUGUAAAUCCCGGAGAACGAAAACAGAUUAUCAGGCUAGCCUAUUACCACAGCUUGUCGUGGAGCCAACCAGCGCACGUUCCAAUUCGUUCGUAGGAACCCAUGAAUACCUCGCUCCGGAGAUUGUCAAGGGUGAUGGCCAUGGGAGUGCUGUUGAUUGGUGGACUUAUGGGAUUUUCUUGUUUGAGCUACUAUAUGGUAAGACUCCCUUCAAAGGUUCAGGAAAUGACGACACAUUAGCGAACAUAGUCUCGCAAACUCUCAAGUUCCCCGAUAGCCCCAUAGUUAGUUUCCAUGCAAGAGAUCUGAUCAGAUGUCUGCUAGCAAAGGAGCCCGAAAACCGAUUAGGCUCGACGAAAGGGGCUAUUGAGAUUAAGCAGCAUCCGUUUUUUGAAGGCCUCAAUUGGGCUCUCAUACGUUGUGCAGUUCCACCUGAACUCCCCAAGUUUUUCGACGGUGGAACUGGUGCAUUGCCAAUGGAUUCCGGGGAUAACACGAAGCGUAGAGAUCACGAGAAUAUGGAGGCAGACACAGCAACUUUUGACCUGUUUUAGCUUAUACUUUCUGACCAAGGGACCACGAUGUGUUCUUUUUCUUAGUUCUCAUCCUUAUUAUAGCUUAUAAUGUAAAUGUGUAAGUGAAAGGAAAACUAUAUGUUGUAAAGCGUGAUACAUGAAUAGAUCAAUUUAUAGCAGGGUGUCUCCAAAGGGGGAAAAAACAAACAA